AUGAAUCAAACACCUGUUAGUUUAAUUGGAACUUUACGUGUUUCUUUUAGUUUUCACCCGUCGCUUUAUUCCUUGCGCACAAAAUCGGGUUUUGCAAGAAUAAUAAGAGAUAAUUCAUCUUUUAGGAAAAAUUCAACUAUAGCUACGAAUUCAAGUCAAAUACUUUCUAUUAAACAAGUAGCUGAUCUAGGGCAUCAUCGUUUCGUAAACAAUAAGUUGUAUGAUGGAAGUUUGGCCAUUCCAACUGGUUUAUCUCGCGGACUCUCAUUGUCUAUCGGUUUAGCUGGCUCUCAUUAUAUUUUAGGCGUAGGAAAAGUAAUUUAUUGUACAGAAAUAAUUUCCGAGACAACUUUGCCUUCAUCUCCUCAAACUUCCCCCACAAAUCCUCAACCGACAACAAAAGAAACAAAAGAAAACGUUUUAUCUCCUACCUCAUCAACAGAUAAACCAGAUAAACCAGAUACGCCACCUUUUUCCCCAUUUGAUUUCUUCAAUGUUCAACAAAUAACAUUUGGUGCGUCAAUGGGAUUUGCAUCAGGUUAUUUUGUCAAAGAAGUAUCAAAAACUGCAGCAUUAUUAGUAGGAGCUACAUUCGUAUUCUUACAAAUCUUAGAACAACAAGGUUAUAUCAAAAUUGAUUGGAGUAAAUUUGAAGAAAAUUACAAUAAAGUGUUAGAUUUGGAUGAAGAUGGAAAAGUUACAACGAAUGAUUGGAAAUUAAUAUUUUUUAAAGUUGUUGAAUUUUUAGGAAGAAAUUUUCAAACCGAUGCUUGCUUUAUGAUUGGAUUCGGUAUUGGAUUAAAAUUCUGA